UUCGGGAAAAUAUGAGGCGUGAGCUGCAGAAGCGACACCGCUACAGGUUUACAGGUGUGUGGAAGCGUCGUUAACCGCUUUACACGUGCGACGGACGUUUAUCGCGGACCUUUAAAACCCCGGAGAGCAGAGGAAAAGCGCCGCGGGGGGUUUUUAAAGACUUCAGUCUCCGUAUUUACAGUCUCCACCCGAAACUGAGGCACGGAGCGUCCGAGCGGGCGCGUCCGUCAGGUGCGGUUACUUUCUGUUUACAAACCAACAGCAACAUCCUGUUUUCUGCCCGCAGUGUGUGUGUGCACACGGAGGGGCGCCGGGGGUCGCUCUGUGGAACAUAGUAGCACAACUUCUUCUUCUGUGGUGUCAGAGGAGACAAGAUGUGGAACUACAGUCCCUGGGCUCUUCUGCCUCCCAUCUUCUCUGCGUGUACAGCUGUUGGACUGUGGACGGUGUAUUUCGUAGCUGUAAAGCAUGAGAAAAUUUCACCUCUGAGCUCUCAGCACUGGAAAAAAAAUGGAUCCUUAUAUCCUCCAUACAUCAGUAUGGCAGGAAACUUUCCACCGGCCAGCUGCAUCUUCAGCGAGGUCAUGAAUUUGGCAGCGUUUGUGGGGUUCAUUAUUGCCGUCCUGAGAUACCAUCAGCUGAAACACGUCAUAGACAAACCGUGGCUGAAUGUUGGUAGUCUGGUGCUUUUCUCCAUUGGCUGCUUUGGAAUGACACUCAUUGGAAACUUCCAGUUGCUCACGGAGAAGGCGAUUCAUAACUCGGGCACCUUCAUGACGUUUGGACUGGGAACAGUCUACUGCUGGGUGCAGUCCUACAUCACCCUGAAGGCUAACCUGAAGAACGAGGGCAGGAAGGUCGCCAUCGUUCGUUUCCUGUUGUCUGCAUCCAUCACUCUCUGCAUGGUACUCCAUUUCACCCUGGUUUUCCAGAGGCUCCACAUGGACGCAGCUCGAUGCCAGUGGGCGCUGGUCAUGUUCUUCCUCAUCUUCCUCGGCACAUUCGCCACGGAGUUCCGACACAACCGCUUCGACGUAGUGUGCACAGACAACUGUGGGGGUCCCGUCAGCCUGUCGGAAACCCACUCCGAGGUGUCCACUCACCAGCCGGACCAGCCGGACCAACUGUAGGGACGUUACACUGGGUCACGUUCGACGAUCGUCAGGUCCAGGUGCAUGAAACUCACGUAUCAGCCACUUUAAGACGCAUUAUUCCAUCUGUGUUACCAUUAGUGUUCGUGCUUCAUGUAUUGCAUGUUUGAGUGUUACAUAGUUUUAUAUCUAUAAGCAGGUAAACGUUUGUAUUCCACACCAGAGAGGAUGUUUGAUUUAGAAAAACUAGUUUUAAACUUUUUUAAAAAACAUUCAAGUGUUUGAAUCGAUGAACGCCAUGUUGCACGUUUGCGAAGGAAACAAUCAGUAUCAAUAAACUGUCAGUGUCUGCAAACUGA